GUUUGAUUAGCUCAAAGAGCCAGACACUUAAACUCCAUCUCUCUGUCUCUUUGUCUAUCCACUUGUUGAUAUCCACUCAAAGGCUCUUUCAGAAAAUUGAUUCAUGGGGGUUGAUAUCAGCGAUGUUGCUUUAAUGGAUCACACAUUUGGGAAAUUACCAGAUCAUCUAUUGAUUGAAAUUUUCAUCCGUGUGCCGGUGUCACAAUGGGUCCAUAUAGCAUGUGUUAAGCAAAAUUGGGCACAUCUAUUUCGAGGAGAGUGUUUAUGGAAAUGUGUUCUUUUGAAGACAUGGCCAUCAGUUGACCAGGGGGAUCAGUGGGCUGGUCCUAUUGGUCGAGGAUCGAGUAAGAGGAGGUAUGAAGCUUUGUAUGUUAGUAAACAUGUAUCUGUGUUUGAUGGUGAGAUUGAUGAGAUUAUGGGACACACUUAUUUGUUUUUAAAAGAACAGCUUGAGCUUUCAGUAAUGCCUCCUGCUUCAGGAAUACUUCACGGAACCAUAAUCGAUCAGUUCAUUGCUUGCGGAAAAUCAAGGGAUAAAGCCAUGAGCUCGCUUCCCAAAUCUGGCUUGCAGUUAUUGACAGUUUGGAUGAAAGUGAGCAAACGUUUCUUUUACUUAUGCGUCUUGCUGAGGAGGGAGAUGUUUUCCUUCCAUACCCGUACUCGCGAUCUUACAAAGUUCAAUGGAGGGUAUUUGAGAAGCUUCUCACAGAUUUUCGAGAUUGCUUCGAUGGAAUGGAUUACUAUGACAUAUUGGCAUGUGCUAAGUUAAGGUUUCAGCCAAUCCCAUCCGCUUGGUUAGGCUACUAAGCAUUUUACAUUUUGUGCAUAAAUGUUGAUAAAGAACUUAUCUGUAAGUAUGUAAGUGUAAGAUAAAUACUGUGUAGUUAUGAAGUAAUUGCAUAUUGUCAGCUGCCCUGUAAACAGUUGCCGAGUUUGCUUGUUUUUUUUCCUACAAAAGGUUGUAGUUGGGAUAAUAACGUUGGGUUUGGGACAAGUCCCUUACGAAAAUAAAUAAAGAACCUAACGUACGUCAAA